AUGGGGGUAGCGGCUGAAGAUAUUCUUGAUUGUAUCCCUGCGAUCAUCACUAUUGAGGAUAAUGAUUUUCUUUCUUCUUCUCCAUCUGAUGAGGAGAUUAAGGCUGCAGUCUUUGAUAUGGACCCAUCUAGCGCUCCAGGUCCAGAUAGUUUCCCUGGAUCUUUCUUCCGCAAAUGUUGGCAUGUUGUGGGACAUGAGAUUUUGGCUAUGCACCUUUCUUCUCUACUCACUCGGCUAAUUUUUGAUGAGCAAGGGGCGUUCCAGAGAGGAAAGGUGAUCUCUUCUAAUAUUUGUUUGGCGUUAGAAUUGGCCAAUAUGAUGCACUCUAAGGCUUUUGGAGGAGGCUUAGCUCUAAAGAUAGAUAUUCAAAAGGCGUAUGACACGUUGGAUUGGACUUUUUUAUUUGAUGUUAUGCUCAAGUUUGGAUUUUCCCAAAUCCUCAUUGAUCGCAUUCAUCAGAUUCUGCUUUCUACUCGACUUUCGGUGUUGAUUAAUGGGGGACCAGUUGGUUUUUUCAAUGUGGAGCGUGGUCUUUGCCAGGGUGAUCCGUUAUCCUCCAUUCUGUUUAUUAUUGCUGAAGAGGUUUUGUGUCGUGGUCUCCAUUCUCUUAAAAUGGAGAAGAAGCUUUGA